AGCUGCCAGUUCUUCUCUGGCAGGACGGCAGGGUGCCCUCUGGGCACCUGCAGCGUUUCCCUGUGCUCUGGACUUGGCACUCAGCACGGAUACAGACCAUAUAGGAAGCUGUCUGCUCCCAGAGACGGAUUCUCUCUUUCUCACUCUCAGACCUGUGCACCUGUCUUGGACGGCAAGCAGGGGUGGCUUGGGAAGGCUCCGGAACUGUGUCUUCCAGGGAUUGGGCUUCUGGCAGCUGGGCGGGACUCGGGCUUUGAUAUAAAAGGGUGCCACUGUCCCGGCCGUAGUGCUGAAGCUGGUGCUCCACAGGUCCCCAGCUGGGUGCUAGCAACCACACUCGGGAGAGAAAAAAAAAACUGCCUAAGAGAAGGUCUGAUUUCGGUGUUCAGGAGCAAGUCUACCCUCCCGGCUGCCCUCCGUCCCACGAUCCCAAGGAUGCGGCUCCUCGGGAGACUCCGCGCCUCCGCCCCGGGGCCCGCCUUCUCCAACGUGCUCACGCCGGCUCGCAUCCCGGAGUUCUGCAUCCCCCCGCGGCUGUCCCUGCCCAGCCCGCCGCAGACGUCGCCCCAGGACGCGGCCCUGCCCCGGCGCUGCGCAGCCGAACCUGACCUGUGGCCCCGAUCGGCCGACGACGAGGGCGCGGGCCGCGCCGGCACCGACUGGGACCCGCGCUCGCAGGCCGCGCUCUCGCUGCCGCACCUGCCCCGCGCGCGCACCGCCUACGGCUUCUGCGCGCUGCUCGAGAGCCCGCACACGCGCCGCAAGGAGUCGCUCUUCCUCGGGGACGCGCCGCUCCGCGCCCCGGGCCCCCACUCCGCGCCGCGCCCGCGCGCGCACACCUACUCCGCGGGCGCCGUGAGGCCGGCACCAGGACCGGGAGGGGAGCGCGACGCCCCCUUCGCGUCCCCGCCAUCCCCGGUCCCCGCCGGCCCCCAGCCCAGCCCGGACUCCGUCGCCCCGCGGCCCCGCGGGCGCCGCCUCCUGCGCGCCCCCGACGGGCUCCUGGGCCGCGCGCUGCGCGCCUGCGGGAGCCGAGGCCCGGCCCGCGCCCGCUCCGCCUCCGGCAGGGUAAAGGACGGGGACGGGAACCAGGGCGGCCCCGCCUCCUCCGAGCCCCCGACCUCGGCCCCCGCGCGGCCCGAGCGCCUGGAGGCCGAGGGCACUGUGCCCCUGAGCCGCGCCGGCUGCGCCCUGCGCCUGGCCGCCGAGUACUGUCCGGGCAGCGGACGCCUCCGCCUGCGGCUGCUGCGCGCGCAGGGCCCGGCCGGGGGCGCCCUGGAGCCCUGCGCCGUCGCCUGUCGCCUCCGCUUGGUCCUGCAGCCGCCGGGCGCCUGGCGCGCGCCCAGCAGCGGGGGCUUGGGGCGCAGCCGCCAGGCGGCCUUGGAGCAGGACUUCUGCUUCGAUGGCCUCAGCGAGGAGCAGCUGCGCCGCCUGGCCGUGCGCGUCCAGGCCGAGCUCAAGGGCCAUGGGCUGCAGCGGGGCCGCCGGCUGGGCCAGGGCGAGCUGCUGCUGGGCUCCCUGCUGCUCUGA